UUCACACUCGGCGGAGUUGCGACUUUGUGGUGCAUUUACACGCUCCUCCAGUGAAUAGGUUCAGUGCGACAUUCCCUAUCCGGUGCCCAGUGGAAUUACCAGUGAAGAAGCAUGGCUCAGAAAGCGGACAUCGCGCUCAUCGGCCUGGCCGUGAUGGGUCAGAACCUCAUCCUCAACAUGAACGAUCAUGGCUUCGUGGUGUGCGCCUUCAACAGGACGGUGGACAAGGUGCAGAACUUCCUCGCCAACGAGGCCAAGGGCACGAAGGUCAUCGGCGCCACGUCCCUGCAAGACAUGGUGGCCAAGCUGAAGACGCCGCGGAAGGUGAUGAUGCUGGUGAAAGCUGGAAGCGCCGUGGAUGACUUCAUUAAGCAGCUGUUGCCUCUGCUGUCGCCUGGCGAUCUUAUCAUCGACGGCGGGAACUCCGAAUACCAGGACACGACCAGGAGAUGCGAGGAGCUGGAGAAGAAGGGAAUCCUCUUUGUGGGCUCUGGAGUGAGUGGCGGCGAGGAGGGAGCGCGCCACGGUCCGUCCCUGAUGCCUGGUGGCCACGAGAAGGCUUGGCCGCUCAUCAAGGACAUCUUCCAGGCGAUCUGCGCCAAGGCCGGCGGCGAGCCGUGCUGCGACUGGGUGGGAGACGGCGGAGCCGGGCACUUCGUGAAGAUGGUGCACAAUGGGAUCGAGUACGGAGACAUGCAGCUGAUCUGCGAGGCUUACGAUCUGAUGAAGGCGCUGGGCAUGAGUCAGAAGGAGAUGGCCGAGGCCUUCGAUGAGUGGAACAGGAGCGAGCUGGACUCCUUCCUCAUCGAGAUCACGCGGGAUAUUCUGAACUUCAAGGAUGACAAGGGCUACUUGCUUGAGAGGAUUCGAGACACUGCCGGCCAGAAGGGCACUGGGAAGUGGACAGCCGUGGCCGCUCUCAAUUACGGUGUGCCAGUGACUCUGAUCGGGGAGGCUGUCUUCUCCAGAUGCUUGUCCGCUCUCAAGGAGGAGCGAGUGAACGCCAGUCGCCAUCUCAAGGGUCCCUCAGGAUCUGCAUCGGUUUCCGAUCGCACGGAGUUCCUGAAACACAUCAAGCACGCGCUGUAUUGCUCCAAGAUUGUCUCCUACACACAAGGAUUCAUGCUGAUGCGAGAGGCGGCCAAGGAGUUCAACUGGCGCCUCAACUACGGAGGCAUUGCUCUGAUGUGGCGUGGCGGAUGCAUCAUCCGCAGCGUCUUCCUGGGCAACAUCAAGGAGGCCUUCACGCGCAAUCCCAAUCUCACGAAUCUCCUCCUCGAUGACUUCUUCCGCAAGGAGGUGACACGCUGCCAGGACUCGUGGCGCCAGGUGGUGAGCAAAGCAGUGCUCUGGGGCGUUCCCGUGCCUGCCUUGUCGGCCGCUCUCGCCUUCUACGAUGGCUACAGAGCAGACAGACUGCCGGCAAACCUUCUCCAGGCUCAGAGAGACUACUUCGGUGCGCACACAUAUGAACUCCUCGGGCAGGAGGGAAAGUUCCACCACACAAACUGGACAGGAACUGGCGGGAAUGUGUCGGCCAGCACCUAUCAGGCAUAAAAUGCUGAGUUUUCGGGAGUAUUUGGAUCCAUGGGAACAUACUAAUUUAUUCCAGCGAAUCUUUGUGAUAAGCAUUGGCUAUUUUUGUACGAUCUUUCUACCCAGUGGAUGCUUUUGGGGACAAUAAAAUGGUUUUCAGUC